CCUAAUCCGCCAAUAGCCUGCAUGCAUUCCAUGUAAGCAGCGCUCAGUUUCAGAGAGUCUAGGCCUUAAACAUACAAGCAUUCCAUUGAUUUGAAUUACAAUUUUCUCCUUGACUUAGAAGAAAAUGGCAUUGCCGGCUGAUUGCCAGUUUUCCCUCUCAGCCGCUGGUGGCGCCACUGGCUUGGCGGGGAGCAGGAACUGGAGGAUUGUGAAGUUUUGCAAUGGAGAGUUGAUGGGCAAAAGACUUAACAUGAGAAAACUACAGAAUGGAGGUAGUAGUAAGAUUGUUAAGCAACGUGUUUGCAUGUCUCUUACUGCAGACGUAGCAGGCAAGACCAAGUUAGGAGACUUAAAUAUGGAGAGGACAGAUCCUCGUACGGUUGUGGCAAUUAUUCUGGGAGGAGGAGCUGGAACUCGUCUCUUUCCUCUCACUAAGCGUCGUGCCAAGCCUGCUGUUCCCAUUGGAGGUGCAUACAGGCUGAUUGAUGUGCCAAUGAGUAACUGCAUUAACAGUGGAAUCAACAGAAUCUACAUUCUCACGCAAUACAACUCAGCAUCACUCAACAGGCAUCUCGCUCGUGCUUACAAUUUCGGAAAUGGGAUCAACUUUGGCGAUGGUUUUGUUGAGGUUCUAGCAGCCACUCAAACUCCUGGAGAAGCCGGUAAAAGUUGGUUCCAGGGUACUGCAGAUGCUGUUCGGCAAUUUCACUGGCUUUUUGAGGAUGCAAGAAGUAGGGACAUUGAAGAUGUGCUGAUUCUAUCUGGAGAUCAUUUAUAUAGAAUGGACUACAUGGACUUUGUUCAGGAUCAUCGGCAGAGUGGAGCAGACAUCAGUAUUUCUUGUUUGCCGAUGGAUGACAGUCGUGCCUCAGAUUUUGGUCUAAUGAAAAUCGACAACAAAGGAAGGGUCCUUUCAUUCAGUGAAAAGCCUAAAGGAGCUGACCUGAAAGCAAUGGCAGUAGAUACGACGAUUUUGGGACUCUCAAAAUCAGAGGCUGAAAAGAAACCAUACAUUGCUUCAAUGGGAGUGUAUAUCUUCAAGAAAGAGAUACUUCUUAAUCUUUUGAGAUGGCGCUUUCCAACUGCAAAUGACUUUGGAUCAGAAAUAAUCCCUGCCUCAGCCAGAGAAGUAUACUUAAAGGCUUAUCUGUUCAACGAUUAUUGGGAAGACAUCGGGACCAUCAGAUCCUUCUUCGAGGCAAACCUUGCCCUCACUGAGCAUCCACCAAUAUUUAGUUUCUAUGAUGCAACAAAGCCAAUGUAUACAUCCAGAAGAAACUUACCGCCAACAAAGAUUGACAAUAGCAAGAUUGUUGAUUCAAUCAUAUCACAUGGAAGUUUCUUAAGUAGCUGCUUCAUAGAACACAGUGUAAUUGGUAUCAGAUCUCGGAUAAAUCCUAACGUUCACUUAAAGGAUACGGUGAUGCUUGGUGCUGACUUCUAUGAAACAGACUCUGAAGUAGCAUCGCUACUAGCUGAGGAAGGAGUUCCUAUUGGAAUUGGAGAGAAUACAAGAAUAAAAGACUGCAUCAUAGACAAAAAUGCCAGAAUAGGGAAGAAUGCUGUUAUUGCAAAUUCAGAGGGCAUCCAAGAGGCUGAUAGAUCUUCAGAAGGGUUCUAUAUCCGCUCUGGGGUUACCAUCAUACUGAAAAACUCUGUAAUUAAAGAUGGACUUGUAAUAUAAAAAAAUUGUUCAUCCUUUGCUUUCA